UUUAGAGCACAUGGUUUUAGAUAAAUCACUUAAGAACUGAAUAGAAGUUUAUUCCUUGAAGAAAUCUGAAGUUAGCUGAAGUUUGUAAUAAUGGAUUACAAAGUAUAUAGCACACUAGUUGUAAAUACAACAAUAAAUGAAUCUGACUAUUGGACGGAUUAUGACUAUGAUAUACAAAGUUUUACCAUGCCAUUAAAUGAGAUCAUACCUGUGAGUUUUAUCUAUGGGAUAACAAUGAUCCUAGGUAUUGUUGGAAACGUAUUGGUUAUAUACACAAUAGCUACCUACCAGCGGAUGAAAACUAUCACCAACACAUUUCUCGUCAGUUUGGCUUCAGCAGAUCUUCUUGUUAUACUUGUUUGUGUUCCUUCUAAGUUUGCAGCCUUCUUUUCUUUCCAAUGGAAUUUAGGAGAAUUUAUGUGCAAGGCCGUGUACUAUAUACAGAAUGUAUCAGCUAUUUGUUCCGUGUCAACACUAACAGCCAUGAGUUUAGAGAGAUAUUAUGCUAUACUUCAUCCAGUCAGAUCGAAAUAUGUGUGCACCGUUGGAAGGGCAAAGAAAGUUAUUUGUAUUUUAUGGAUAGCUUCCUUGGUUUUAGCAUGUCCUAUUCUCUAUGGAAGGGAGUACCAUAUCGUACAUGGCAUACAUCGGAAGGCAAUUUGGUGCAGAAAGAUCUGGAAUUCAUUUGCUAUAUCUGUAGCCUAUGAAAUUUACAUGAUAUAUAUUUUAUUACUAGUACCCGUUAUUAUUAUGACGUUCGCUUAUGUGAACAUAUGCCUUGAAUUGUGGCAUAUUUCAUCAUUUCAAAGUAGACAGCAACGCAGGUUAACUUCACCGAACGGUUCAAAUACAGAUACAGAUAGUUCCCCGUAUUUAGUACCUCGAAAGUCUCGUGAUGAUAAUAAAAGUAAAAAGCAGGUAAUUAAAAUGUUGGUAGCUGUGAUUGUAAUUUUCAUUAUUUGUUGGGCUCCAUUACAAAUCAACAAUGUUUUAAUCGGAUUUGAAGUUUUACCAGAUCUUCAUGAAGGCCACCAUAAACAUAUUCGGGAAGCUUUUUACAUUAUGGCAUAUGCCAACAGCAGUAUUAAUCCUAUCAUAUACACAUUUAUGUCGAAAAAGUUCAAGGAGACAUUUAAAAAGACGAUUUGUGCUUGUGUAGUAUGGAGACGCGGAACUAGCCGAUCACAAACGUAUCGGUACGCGACAGAACUUAGAGACGAAGGAAGUAAGACGUGUCAUACGUCACUUGUCAACCAUAAAAAUGUUAUUGAAAUGAACUCUUAUGGAUCGCAGAGAUCAUCAAGCCCUUCACAUGUGUAGACAGUAUCUCUUAUGGAUAGCAGAGAUCAAUGUAUUCACAUGUGUAGACGGUGAAUAGAGACGAACAUAGUUUAUCAGAAUCUUGAAAGUAAGAGAAGGCAAUUGUUUCAUUGUUGUAGGACUUGAGCUAAACCUGGUCACAAAAUAUCUAUAAAGUCAAUGCUCAACAAAUUACAGUAUAAUAAUGCUAUGCAGCAUGAACUGGCAGAUAAUUUUCAUCCAUCACCGAUAGUAAAAAUAUUCAUUUUUACUUCGUUUUUUCAAAUAAUACAACUCUUGAUGUACACAUGAGCUGUUUCAAUGUCUCUGUGACAGAGACACGUAAAAACAUUGUGUUAUUUAUGAAAGUACUGAAAACAACUAAUUAGCUUGGCAAUGUAUCAAAUAAGCAUAGUAUAACAUGAUUCUAUGUAGUUAAAUAAGUGCAUUUUAUGAAAUCAGCAGUGAUUUAUUUUGAAAGAAAUCCUUCGCCAACUGUAGCGCCAAUAAAAGGAAAGCCUCUUCAGCUUAUAACACUUAUACAGUUUGUAAUCGUGUUGUAUUUCAAAGCUUCGCAAUUAAAAUAACAUAUCUAAGGAUUCUGUAUAUGUCUAUCAGACGAAGUCUCAUAAACAACGAUUGAAUUUCUUCGAGU